AUGAGCCUUGACAAGACAAAGUCGAAGUCUUACGAAAACAAGAUGGAGGAGUGGCUUUCCGUGGUCAGUGUGAAGGUCCCCGAUCUCAAUGGCCUGGUUCUUGAUUACCUGAUGCACGAGGGCCUGGGAGAUGUUGCAGCCGAGUUUGCUAAGGAUGUUGAGAUCCCGUUUGCUACGUCCUCGUUUCUGGACCACAGGUCCCAGAUAAGAGGAGCAAUCGAGGAGGGAAAUAUCGACAUGGCAAUAUCCAAGAUAAACGAUCUGAACUCGGAGAUAAUAGACAGCAACAUUGAGCUGUACUACUUCCUCAUGGAGCAGAAGGCUUGCGAACAGGCACAGGCGACAAGAGGCGACAGUGAAAACAUGGACGGGCAGAAGGUGUUUGUUCUUCUUGAAGAGGUUCUUGAGUUUGUACGCUCGGAGUUGUCCUCCAUUGUUGAAGAAAACCCGUCUCUGGGACAGCACUUCGAAGAUCUUCUUGAGUUUGUCGUGUUCAACUCCAAAAAGGAGGCAGUGGUUGAAAGAAGGAGAAGGCUGGCAGAGUAUGUCAACAGGUGCAUACUGGAGAAGUACGAGGUAACGGAGAAUGAGCUAAAGAAGAUCCUCAACGGAAUAGUGAGCGGGGAGAAGUCGCUGACAGAGAAGUACAAGUUCCCAACCUUCAACGAGUCGUUCGCUGCAUAG